AUGUGUAGCUUGUGAACGCACCUAUGGAGAAAUUUGGCGUAAAUUCUUCGGAAUAUUAAAAUAGUACGUAAAACUAGCUACACAUCUUCGCAGUGCGGGGAAACGACCGUGUCAAACAUAGGGGCAGAGUGACUUGAGUCAAACAAGGUUAAUAAACAAACGGAUUUGUAACAUUUGAGCCUCGCUGGGACAGGCAAAUAAUGAGAAGGAGUAAGUGGUUAUUUCAAAACUAAAAUCCCGACUGUCCCCAUUCCCCGGCCUUUACUUUUCCCCGGACUCUGCGACUACUCUGUUAGCAAGUAGCGCGCGCUAGUUAGCCCGUCAGCGAAGCCACACAAUAUCUGCUAACUUCGUGCGCACUGAGAAAAUGGUCUUAUGCAAGGUUGCAUGGCACCCCAUUUAGUGUGAGCUUGAACUAAGGACAUUGACUUUCAGGCAUUUUCGCUGUAUUCAAAGAACGGGGAAGCAGCGCAAUAGUUUCUCUUUGGCAACGUGCAUAGUGGUUUGGCAGCCCUGUUGAGGGCCCAGUGAUGUACUCACGCAAUUCACUAUGGAGUUAUGUCAGAUGUGUGUUCAUGUCUUUGAUGAAAAAGGUGUACCUGUUGAAUCCUCUGGAGAACCUGAGGAGCUACAUCAAUAAUCGUCCGCCACUGGUCAUCUUUAUGGUCAGCGUCAGCGCCGUGGCCAUCGCCUUCCUCACCAUCGGCUACUUCUUCAAGAUCAAGGAGAUAAAAUCCCCAGAGAUGACUGAGGACUGGAACAUCUUCCUGCUGCGCUUCAACGAGAUUGACUUCUGCGUAUCAGAGAAUGAGACGCUCAAGCACAGCCUGAACGAGUCAACCACGCCCGAAAGCACGGUGACCAGCGGCCAGGCGCGCUCCAGCACGCAGGCCCCGCUGCUUCUGGAGGACCCGGGCCCAAUCAAUAUCUCUGUGCCCAUCACCCUUACCCUGGACCCACUGAGGCCUUUUGGGGGCUACUCGCGUAACAUCACCCACCUCUACGCCACCGUGCUGGUGGGACAGGUCGGCCUGGCUGGCAGGGACGCCCACGAGGAGAUGAACAUCACCUUCACGCUGCCAGCGUCAUGGAAUUCUGAUGAGUGCGUGCUGCACGGCCACUGUGAGCAAGUGGUGUUUAGCACCUGUAUGACCAUCACUGCUGCCAGCAACGUCUUCCCUGUCACAGUGCAGCCGCCCCACUGUGUCCCAGAGACGUACACCAACGCCACGUCCUGGUACAAGAUCUUCACCACGGCCCGCGACUCAGACACCAAGUACACGCAGGACUACAACCCUUUCUGGUGUUACAAAGGAGCAAUCGGGAAGGUGUACCACACCCUCAACCCCAAGCUGACCGUCAUUGUGCCAGACGACGACCGCUCACUUAUCAACCUGCACCUAAUGCACACCAGCUACUUCCUCUUUGUGAUGGUCAUCACCAUGUUCUGUUAUGCUGUCAUCAAGGGCCGGCCAGGGAAAGUACGGACAACCACCAACCCCGACUUCUGCCCUGAAAAGGUGGCCUUGUCAGAGGGGUAAGAAGAACUCUAGGAUCGCCGUCAGAACUGAAAUAUAGCCGAGGAGGAAGUAGAAGAAAAUAUGACCAGUUGCCUACUGAACCCUGAAAAUAAUACUGGGGUGUAAAGCUCUGUGAAUGCAUUUCUCUGCAAUGUUGGGUCACUCCAACCAAAGACAUAUAAGUGCCUGUAUCUACUGUGUAAAUAUGUGUAGGAACUCUUGAUUUCAGUACAGAAACAGUUUGCCUGAGCCCCCCGUGCCGUUGGUGACAAAAUUCCAAAAUGCAAUAUCAGCAAAGCUAGAAGUCCUGAUGUGAAAUUGACUGAAUGGGAACUGCACUUCCACAUUGUCACCAGUCUUUGUCCCAUUUUCGUCCCACAUUGGACCCUCACAUAAUCCAGUCAGGGUAAUACAAGUUCCUGUGUCUCUUCAUGUGUGUAUGGUGAAAGCCUUUGAUUUCCUCGAGACAACGGGCCGUUGUUACACUGAAAUAUGAUUUCGCUGCCUUUCUCUUCCCCUUCAGUGUCUUCAUCAUUCACUUGUGUGUUCUUGAGUGGUUUAUCCUUGCUUGCAUUCUGAAAGUCCUGUAAUGGUGGGUGGGUGGAAGGCCGGCUUAUUUGCCCCAGAAGGGUUUUAGGCCACAAGCCUUUUAUAGCACCUGGAAGGUCCAUUUUAACUGACAAGAGGCCCGGCUAUGUCAAGUGGACCUCAAUCUUCCUCCUUUUACAACCAUAGUUUUCCUUUACUCCUAUGUUAUUCCAAUAAGUUGAGCUUGUUGCUUCAAAUCAAGUUUUGUGAUGCUUCUGACAUCUUGUCAUGCAUAGCAGAAAGAAUGCUAUUUUUCCUUGAAUUUAGUGUAUGCUGAUGACUGGUAGGCCCUUGAGUAAUUGAAAGUUGGGAUGCAUGUUAAUAAUUGCUUGUGCUCUAUUUUAAGAACUAUGUUUGUUUUAAUGUAGGUUCCGGGGAUGGAAAAGUGUGUAAUUGUGGAAUGAUUUACUGUAUAUGAUAUAAAGCGCUUCACUGGCAACGAUUCAUCUAUUUUGAUUCCCCUCUGUAUUUAAAAUUAUUUCAAUUUGUUCCAUUAUUGAUAUACUUAAUGAAUGUAAAAGCAACACAAUCAAUUUACAGCAGCGAACCAGCAUUACAACUAUGAUAAUUAAAUGUAAAACAAUUCAUUCCAAACUAUUUGAAAUGUGAUGUACCUUUUUUUAUUUAGAUUUUUGUUUUGUCAAUGAGCCUUUACCCCAAACUUUAAUUUCCAGUUUUGACAGAACAGUAUUCUCAUUAUAUUGUUUUUCUUGUUGCAAUUACUUCCUUUUUUAAAUUGCGUAUUUUUCAUCUGUCAAUUAAUUUCUCAAAAGACAUCCUAGCUUGUAGCUUUGUUUUAUUUGCAGAUGAUUGAAUUGAUCCCUUAUCAUUUUGAGAAUUGGUUUUCGAGUUUCAUUUUCAAUGGGUUUUAAGGGUGCUGUCAUAUCAACUUGGUUUUCCUACAGUAGCUAACUGAGUGUGGCAUACAAUACAUGCUUCCCCCCUCCAUAGCACUGCAUAAUUCCACUGAUAUCUCCUGUAUCUUGUUAGUUCUGAAGUUCAUGUUAAGGUUGAGACUAUGCAGCUGUAGGUGGGUGCAUCCAUAUCCUUUUUGUCUAGUGUUUUCAGUCAGGGCUGAAUAUAUUGCAUUAUAGAUACAUUGUAGUGUGUCACUUCAUAAGUAGAGAGUAAAGACUGUCCUGGGUUGAUGGGUGACAAAGCAUUGAGUUGUCAGCCCAGCAACCAUUCAUUGUAAUGCUAUGAUUGUCAUUUUCUUCCCUGUGGAAAAUGCCUGGCCAUUUUAAAGAUUGCCUUAAUAUUACUUUGUUGUUUUUGUCCUCAAAGUAGAUGGAUUGAUGUCUGUCUGUUUUGUUUUCAGUUCAUGCUCAUCAUACCCUGUCAUUCAGAAUUAUCAUCUCCAUAGGCGUCACAUCAGGCUUAGCUUGCCAAAGGUGUCUCUGGGUUUCGUCACCCCCUGUAUGUAGUAUAAUUGACCACACGAUCACCAACAUUUGUAUGAUGGUACAGGAGGUAUGUUAGAAAUGAAUUUGACCUAACUCUCACACCACAGGAUAUUUAUGUGUUCUCACCCUGACCUUAUGUUAUGACAUCCAUCCCCCAAUACUGUGCAUGGCAAACAUUUGACCUUUGUUUUCCUUCCAUUCUUAUAGCAGCACAUUGUGCCUUUUGCACUAACCUGCUGCACCAUCACAGUACAUAGCUCCUCUGUUUUAAAUGUGAAUACAAGGGGUCAAAGGUGACGAUGACCAAAACUUUUCUCCAGUGCAACUGCUGUAAAUUAUUUGAGUUGAAAUAAACUUGUCAUCUGUUGAGAAAAUGUUUGUUCACGUUCACAUUUUUCCUCUCUAUCCCAACAUGUUCUAUGUCUCUUCACCUUAGCAUCCUACCUACAGUUAACUGACGAUAUAUGCCAUCUUAAACUACAGCUCAACAAUUGGGACGGUAUCUAUGUAAUAAGGUAAAUAACAUUCAGCUUGAAUUUCAACCAUUACCACAAAUGGUCCUACCACAAUAACAUUGGCAUGUCAUAAUCUAUGUGAAUCUCAAAUUAAAGUCAGACAUUUGUUUCAGUCAUUACAUAUUUUGUCCUUCACAACAUUCAUCACCAUCAACUAUAUUAUCAUCCUGUCUUUAAUGAAGCCUCCCACAUUUUCCACCCUAAGGAAUUUCUCAUGUUUUCUAUCCAUGCGCCCUCACAACUAAUUUUAUUGUUUCUUUCAGUGUAGGUGACCUAUAAAAACUACUGAAUACCAUGCAUUAGCAAUGGCUGGUUCCAUUCCAGUUUGCAACCUGCUUUUCUGUGAAGAAAGAUUCAUUUUAUUGCUGGUACUGAAAUGGCAGUGAUGGUUCUGGUGACGUCUAUCUUAUUAAACGGAAAUUGACAGAAGACAGACCGCCUCCUGGGCUGUUGUUCAGAUCAUAUUGAUCUCCCUCUCAUGUGGCUCAGUAAUUGUAUUUGUGGAUGGUUUACUCCAACUCAAAACACUCCAACUCAAAACACAAGUAUGAUGCCAUUGCAAUUCUUUCACUUGUCUUGUUGCAUGAUUGAAAUAUUAACAACCGCUGCUCCGUUUGUAUGAUGAUUGACAAUCCCUUUGUUUCUGUACUGUUUGUAAAAUAGGCGUAUGCUUUGCUGAAUAAAAUCAAAGAUGGACUACUGAUGAA